AUGUUACCUCCAGAAAAUCCCAGGAGCCCAGUUCGGCGGCCCGCCAUGAACACGGGCGCCAGAGCGAUGGCCGCGAAGCCCAGCGCGGACAAGCGGUACUGGAGGGUCGUGCACAUCGUGGCGUGCAUCUUGACAACAGUCACUUGUCUGAGCGUGUACCUGUGGUUGACCUCGAACGACCUCUCCUCGGGCAGGAAGAGGACCACUCCUCAGCCGCCAGUGUCCCUCAACUUCUACUACUACACCACCGACGACAAGCCUGGAGACCGAAACGGGAGCGCGCGGCCGGCCACCUCCAGGGUGAUGUACCGCGGCGGCGGCGGCGGCGGCGGUGGAGGCGGCGAGCCGUGCCGCUCGGGGGCGGCUGAGGGCGCCUGCUACACGCGCGCCGAGUGCGCGGCCAGGGGCGGCAGGCGCGGCGCGCAGUGUCGUCAAGACGCCAACCUCGCCUGCUGCGUCCUCCAGAUGACCUGCGGCGACGUGUCCGGGGAGAGGGUGACGUACUUCCGGUCGCCGGACUACCCCUCCCGCUCGACCGGAACCACGGCCUGCGACUAUGACGUCACCGUGCGGGACGACGUGUGCGCCGUCAGGAUCGACUUCGACAAGGUGGAGCUGGCAAGGAAGCUGGGGGGAGUGUGUGACAUCGACCAGCUGUACAUCCUCAACUCGGUGGACGGACCCACGACAGGGCAGUGCGGUCCACUCUCAGGCUACGGCACCACAGUCGCCGUCGCCCCCGGCCAAGAGAAGCCCCUGAAGAUGGCCGUCCUCAUCCAGAAUGAGGGCUACUACCGCUGGAGCAUCAAGCUGACGCAGUUGCGAUGCACGGAGCUCAGCAACCUCCAAGAAACCACAAGACUCAAAUUAAGGCACCUGCGACUGCAGGCGACGCGCCCGCGGAGUGGCCGCGCGACGCUGCUGCAGGACCGCAUCGUGGGCGGCACCGACGCCAGCCUGCACGAGUUCCCCUGGCAGGUCGCCAUGUUCCUCGAGGACCUGUUCUUCUGCGGCGGCGCGCUGCUCAACGAGGUGUUUGUCCUCACUGCCGCCCACUGCAUCAUGACCCGCGACACGCCCGUGGAGCAGCUGGUGCUUCAGAUCGGCGACCACGACCUGACGACGGGCAACGAGACGGCGCACGAAUCGCGCCGGGUGCGGCGCGUGCUGUACCACUCGCACUUCCACCCCUUCCUGCUGAGCAAUGACGUGGCCUUGCUGCAGCUGGACCGCCCCGUCGCCUUCUCCAGCCGCAUCCGGCCCAUCUGCCUGCCGGCGUCAGGAGAGUCGUACACUGGUCGGAUGGGGCACGUGAUCGGCUGGGGAAUAACGUCGUUCCCGACCGGGGAGCCGAGUCCAGUCCUCCAGAAACUCGAGGUGGAAACAAUCUCCAACUUCCAGUGCUCCCGCAUCAUCGAAGAGCCGGUGGGCCUGGGCAUGAUCUGUGCCGCUCCCAAUUCAUUUGAAGGAACAUGUUUCGGUGACAGUGGUGGACCUCUGUCAGUAGUGGAUCCUGAUGGAAAGGAUAUCCUGGUCGGAGUGGUCAGUUUCGGGGUGACAGGCUGCGCAGUUCUGCCAGCCUUUCCUGACCUCUACACUAGGGUGUCUGAAUACUUGAAGUGGAUUGACGUGAAUGCCAUUGGGGUGUAACUGCGCGGACAAUGGUUUGACGAGUGCGACUAUAAUU